GCAUCUGAUUGGCUGCGGCGUGGGGCUUUUGUGUCCCGCCCUCCCCCGGGGACCGCAGCGGGCUGGAGGCGCUGCUGGUGUCAGAGCCCUGCGAAAGCUGGCAGUUCCGCGGCGGGGAUGCCGAGCAGCGCGGUGUCCACCGGCAGCCCCUGCCACUGAGGACUUCAGAGGCGCCCCAGGCCGUGAAGACCCGCGCGCCGCGGCCAACCCCCGGCUUCCGAGUCCAUUCGCCGCUCCAGAAGCCCGGCGCGAGGAGAGUCCGGCGAGGCAGCGGCCGUUCCUGGACUCUGGGCUUUGGGAGCGUCUGGAGCCCUGAGAGACACCCCGGGUUCUAGAACCUCCCCGGCGGCCCCCGGUCCCGGCUUCCUGCGGGCGUCCGGCCACAAACCCCUCCGGUGCCCGGGUCGGCGGCCAGCCGCGCCUGGGUCCUGGCGCACACCAUGAUCGUUGCGGACUCUGAAUGCCGCACGGAGCUGAAGGGCUACCUGCCGUUCUCCCGGGGCGACGGCGGCGGCGGCGGCGGCAGCAGCCCCGGGGCCGGAGAGGAGCAGAGGAUGAGGUGGGCUCGGGGAGGCCCUCGAGGACCCAGCGCCUUCAUCCCAGUGGAGGAGGAUGGGAGGGGAACCCAUCCUCUCCUCACCUUUGCUUGGCAGGUCCUACGGGAGGGAGCUGAGAGCCUCGAGCAGAACCUGGGGCUGGAGGCACUGAUGUCCUGUGGGCGUGUGGACAACCUGGCAGUGGUGAUGGGCCUGCACCCCGACUACCUUAGCAGAUUCUGGCGCCUGCACUACCUACUGCUGCACACAGAUGGGCCCCUGGCCAGCUCCUGGCGCCACUACAUUGCCAUCAUGGCUGCUGCCCGCCACCAGUGUUCCUACCUGGUGGGCUCCCACAUGGCCGAGUUUCUGCAGACUGGCGGUGACCCUGACUGGCUGCUUGGCCUCCACCGUGCCCCUAAGAAGCUGCGUAAGCUUAAUGAGAUCAACAAGUUGCUGGCACAUCGCCCAUGGCUCAUCACCAAGGAGCAUAUCCAGGCCUUGCUGAAGACGGGUGAGCAUAGCUGGUCCCUGGCUGAGCUCAUCCAGGCCCUGGUCCUGCUCACCCACUGUCACUCACUGGCCUCCUUCGUGUUUGGCUGUGGCAUCCUCCCUGAGGGGGACCCGGAGGGCAGCCCUGUACCCCAGGCACCUUCACCCCCCAGCGAGCAAAGCAGCCCCCCCAGCAGAGACUCAUUGAACAAUUCUGGGGGCUUCGAGGCUGCCCGAGACGUGGAGGCUUUGAUGGAACGCAUGAGGCAGCUGCAGGAGAACCUAUUGCGGGAUGAGGGAGCGUCUCAGGAAGAGAUGGAGAGCCGCUUUGAGCUGGAGAAGUCGGAGAGCUUGCUGGUGACCCCCUCGGCUGACAUUCUGGAGUCCUCUCCACACCCAGACAUGCUGUGCUUUGUAGAAGACCCCACUUUUGGAUAUGAGGACUUCACCCGGCGAGGGACGCAGGCGCCCCCUACCUUCCGUGCCCAGGAUUAUACCUGGGAAGACCAUGGCUACUCCCUGAUCCAGAGGCUUUACCCGGAGGGUGGGCAGCUGCUCGAUGAGAAGUUCCAGGCAGCCUACAGCCUCACCUACAACACCAUGGCCAUGCACAGCGGAGUGGACACCUCCAUGCUCCGCAGGGCCAUCUGGAACUACAUCCACUGCGUCUUUGGCAUCAGGUAUGAUGACUAUGACUAUGGGGAGGUGAACCAGCUCCUGGAGCGGAACCUCAAGGUCUAUAUCAAGACAGUGGCCUGCUACCCAGAGAAGACCACCCAGAGAAUGUACAGACUCUUCUGGAGGCACUUCCGCCACUCAGAGAAGGUCCACGUGAACUUGCUGCUCCUGGAGGCCCGCAUGCAAGCUGCCCUGCUCUAUGCCCUCCGUGCCAUCACCCGCUACAUGACCUGACUCCCACACAGGACCCGGGCCCGGAGCAGCUAACUCUCGGGGCAUCCUCUCUGCAGGAACUUUUCUGUCUGGAGACAGACCCAAUCCUUUCUGUCCCAGGCCCACCCACCACACUCAGGGGGUGGGCUUUUGUGUGAGGUGCAGCCCCCCACCCACACCCUACAUUUUCUCACUGGAAUGGACAGGAUCUCUGGGAUCUCAGCUUUGGCCCUGGGAGCUGGAAGAGGACUAGCAGAUCCCCAGGGGCCAUGCCCUCUUCCUGCCCCUGAACCCAGAGUCAGAAGGCACAGGAAGUAAAAUGGGCUGAGUUCGGAUUUAUGUACCUCCAGGUGGGGCCCACCACAAGUACUGUGGCCUUCCUGGACUAGGACGGUCCCCGGCUGGCCCCUGAGGGAGAGGGGCAAACACCUGCAGGGACUGACACUCCAAGCAGCUUUCCUUUUCCUCCAUCAUUCCCAUUUCAUUACCUCUCACCUGCCAUUAACCCAUCAAUGUGAAAGUCGGGGUCACAGCUGGUCUGUGCAUCCAGCUCCCCAAAAACCUGUUCAGUUGGGCAGCCUGAAGGCCCUUUGUUUCCUCAUUGCCCCAAUCCUAUUUCAUUUCCUUUGACCUCCUCUGACCUCCCCGCCUUUCUCCCACACCUGGUGGUGUGAGGCCCCAGAAGAGAGACCAAGCACAUCAAAAAAGCUGAUGAUCUCUAGAGAAUUUGAGUAGCUUUGUGGGUCACUUUGCCUUUUGAAGUGUAGGGAGUAUUAGAUUAUAAAUUCUCUGUAUUUUGGUCCUUUAUGGAUGAAGUCCAAACCUCUCCAGGGCCUCACCUUUAGAGCCACAGUCAAUGGCUGUGAGGCGGAGGACGACGGGGCAAUCUUCUCCCCAGAGCUUGCGCCUCUCCUGUCUCCUGAGCUCUGCUGCAGAUAUUUGCCAAAAACAUGAUCCUUUCUAGGUGGCACAUGGCCCAGUGGGAGAGAUGGGAGACCCCAGGGUUGUUUGGGCCCUGCCACUGGCCGGGUGACCAUGGCUAUGUUGCCAAACCUCCUUAACCCCGAUUUCCUGGGUUUCAGACUAAGGGGAGGGGAUACUUUUCAUGCCUGAGUCUUCACUCUGGGUGUCUCAGGCCAACCUGCCAGCAGUGAACUGCAAAUCGUGCAGGAUUUUGAAGGCCUCCGGGCACUCCCACUCUUGCAGUCAGUCUUCUGGCUGCCUUCCAAGGACCACCCAGAUUCUGUCCCCUCUCCUCAGUUUUAGGUGGAUCACUUGGAGGCAGAAGCAGCCACGGACUGACCCCAGGCACUUUCUAUAGCAAACAAGCUGUGAAUUACGACUUCCCCUGCCCUUCUUCCGGCCAUAUGUGCCUCCUCUCUGACCAGUUUGGAGGUGACUGAAGAAAGGCAAGGGCCAGAUGCUGCUUGCUUCUGACCCUCCUCCCUGGGGUGGGGCAGGAAAGGAGCCUGGUCAGUGUGCCACAUUUCAUACCCAUGCAGGCAUGGGGAAGCGACUGGCACCCUCAGACCUCACAGCCCUCCCUGCAGUGAAGCUGGGCAGGAGGGAAGAGGCCUCAGCCUGGGUUUAGAGUCGAGAGAGGACAGGAUGACUCUGUAAAUGUUCUGUGGGUGGAUAGGGAGAGGUAUUCAGUGUUCAAGUGCACACGUCUUUGGCUUUGUUACCAGUUCUGUAUGAUGAGAAAUAAAAGUUCACCGAGGUUUUGUUUUGUA